AUGGCAAUUUCUAACAAGAAAGAAUCAGACGUCCCAGAGGAGCUUGUGCAUUAUGCUGUGAAGACCCCGCCCGGGGACACUUUACCAGUCACUGAAUUACCCACCGCCAUUCUUCCAACAUUUUACACGGAACCUGAAGAUGCCUACAUCAUUAAGAAUCGACCGGUAACCCUGUCCUGCAAGGCGCGGCCAGUGGACCAGCUUUACUUCAAAUGUAAUGGGGUCUGGAUGGAUACCAGUCGACUGGAACAUCACGAGACGUUCGAUGAUGUGGAAGAACAACUCAUGGACAUAAGCAUUUCGAUUACGAAGGAAGAUGUGGAGCAGUAUUUCGGUGGGGAUGACUACAACUGCCAGUGUGUUGCUUAUGUGAAUGAAGUACCACAUGAAUCCAGACCAGGUUACGUCCGAAAUGCAUUUCUAAAGAAACUUUUUGAACAAGAGCCUCUCGGAAAACAGGCAGAGCCACAACAGUCGAUCGAGCUACUCUGCCGACCUCCGUCAGGGGUACCAGAUCCUGAAGUAUAUUGGGAGAAAGACAGCGUCCGCAUCGAUAAGUCUGACGGCCACUAUCUCCAAACCCAACAGAGCUUGAUCUUGAACCAGCUGAGACUCUCCGACACGGGGAACUAUACUUGCGUCGCGGAGAACUUGGCGACGAGACGAGUGAGCGAGAAGGCACAGGUUCUGGUCUAUGUUCAUGGCGGUUGGACACCAUGGAGCCAAUGGACAGAAUGUGACGUCACAUGUGGUACAGGACUCAAACAGCGUGCCCGUGCUUGCACAAAUCCUUCUCCAAAGAAUGGAGGCCAUUUGUGCACAGGGAAGGUGACACAGGCCGUGCCGUGUACAGAGGACUGUUUAGUGAAUGGUGAGUGGGGACGUUGGACGGACUGGUCAACCUGCAGUAACGCUUGCAAACAUGUCCGAAGUCGCUACUGCGAUGAUCCAGCCCCUAAUAACGGCGGUCAAGACUGCUUCGGAGAAAACUUUGAAAAGAGAAACUGUACAGGUGGACGAUGUCCCAACCCCAAUCCAAAUGCUCCUGAUGUAACAACAAGUGCUCCACCUCCACCACCAGUUGUAGCAGCUGGAACCAACAAUGGCAAAGGUGGAACGGCAGUUACUAAUGAAGAAGACCCUAAGGUCAAGGAUGGGUAUGAGGAUCAGAUCCCUCUGUAUAUCGGCGUUGCUCUGGCUGCUUUGGUCUUCCUAUUAGUCUUUGUCUUCAUGAUAGUGUGUAUAGCAACGCGCAGGAAGAGACAAGGGACCACUUAUUCAGCUGGUACUACAGAUGAGUGUAACUUGGCUAUGUUAGCCGUUCAGCCAGACAUCACCCAGUCCUCGGCACCGCUCAACAUGUGCACCCACGUAGCCCUCCCGAAUCACACCAUGGAAAAAAUCCAAAUGACCACGUCACCGAUCCUCCAAUCCGAAGCGUACUACGAGGAUCCCAAGGACAUCAAGCCCAACGGAAUGACCGUCACGUUCUCGCCCAAAAACGGCGUCAUGACGCACCUGAACGAUUACUCGUCGGACUCAUCGAACUACGCCGUGCCGAACGGCAACCCCAUCAUCGACCCGUCCAUGCAUCAGUACAUCCCGCUGGUGCCCCCGACGACGCAAGAGUGCUGCCAUCCCAUUCUCCAUAACCGGCCGCCGAUGGACUUACCUUGUCGGAAUCUGACUCAUAAUCCGAACCAGCAGAGGUGCUCGGAGCCGGACGGCGAGGACAACACCACAUUUCAUGAGCGGAGACUCAGAGACUCAGCAGUCCAUUCUUCCGAGGAGGAGAGCCUGUCCCCGAGCUCCCCGUAUGGGUCGGACCACGGAAGGGCUCCCUCUAUUGUCAGUGCAGGAAUCCCGUCGCAUAUAGACUCGCAUUGUAUGUCGUGGGGGAUGGUGAGCCACCGAGGAGGAAGACUAGUUAUACCAGAUGCUGGUAUCAGUAUGUUUAUCCCAGAGGGCGCCCUUCCAAAGGGUCACUCAGAGGACCUGUAUAUUGCCGUCAGCCGUGAUGUGACCGACCGUCCAAGAGUGAGUGGAAAACAGACCAUUCUCAGCCCGGUCAUUAUCUGCGGUCCACCGGGCCUGACCUUUGCCAAGCCGGUCAUUAUAACGACACCACACUGCGCUAAUGGCAUGAGGGGAGAGUGGAGGUGUUCUGUAUAUAGCAAUAUGUGCCGCUCUGGAGAAAAAGCGUGGGAGAAAAUUGCCAUAGUGGGAGAGGAGACUAUAAACACACCAAUCUUCUGCCAAGUGGACAAGAGACAGUGUUCCAUCGUGACGGACCAGCUCAGCUGGUUUGCCUUCGUGGGUGAAUCGCUGCCGAGCCAGGCAGCCAGUAAAGUACUUAAGAUCGCUGCCUUUGGGCCCAUACUCCGAGCUAUGAUGGAUUACUGCGUGAAGGUGUACGUCAUGGAAGAUACGCCGGACACAUUGGAGAAUGUGAUCCAGAUUGAGCAGAGAUUAGGUGGCCGACUCCUCCACAGACCCAAGCAGCUUUACUUCACCGACACAGGUCAUAAUCUCAUACUUUCCAUCGAAGACGUCAUGCCCGGCUGGCAGAGCAAAGUCGCCUCAAACUUCCAGGAAAUCCCCUUUUAUCACAUUUGGAGUGGUGCCUCCAAUACCCUGCACUGUGCCUUCACACUAGCCAGAGUUGACCCCGCCAUCAAUAUAGUCAGAUGUCGUAUCGAGGUCAUGCAGGGGUCAUCACCCAACAGCCGGCAGGUCAUCGACAUAUCAAGAUGUGUGGAUGAUAUGUCAUGUGAUCACGGUCAUUCGGAGCCCGACGUAGCCAACUGUAGUUCAGGGUAUGGGUCAAUGACCUUAGAAGCCCCCAACAAAGCCUUCCGAUUGUCUAGGCCGUUCCGAGCCCAGCUUUGCACGUUACUAGACCCACCGAGAAGUAGAGGCAAUGAUUGGAGGAUGCUGGCAUCGAAGCUAGGAGUAGAUGGCUACAUCAACUACUUUGCAAUUAAGCCCAGUCCAACCGACCAGAUCUUAGAUCUCUGGGAGGCGAGGCAUCGAGAAGAAGGAGCCGUCUUAGACCUGGCGAGAGUUCUCCAGGAGAUGGGUCGUCAAGACGCUCUAGCUGUUGUGGAGAAACAACUUGGAGCAUGGAUGUAAAAACAUAUUCCAAAAGUGUCAGACUAGUGUCGCAAGGAUCUGUACAGGGCCCGGUUUCAUUAAGCUGUUUAGCAGAAUACUUGGCAAAUUUAUUGGAGUACCAGUCACAGCAUUGUCAAACUGUUAUACGGGCGUAAUUAAUUUUGCCCAGAUCCUGACGAUUAUUGAGAGGAAAUAUGUAAUGGUCUAAAAGUUUGAUGCUUACAUUUUGGGGUGAAAUUCGUUGGGUCUAAAUCAAUCAAUCAAUCAAUUAGUCAAUCGAUCAAUAAGCAAUUGUGGAUCAUUGGCACAAUCCACCUGUAUACCUUAUUGUCUUUUUAGCCUUAUUGUCUAUUUCAGUUCCUUAAUUUACCCUUACCAAUAUUAUUAACAAUGCAGUUUUUAAAAAGACAUUCAUUAAUAAUGCCUUUACUUCCAAUGCAGAUAAUAUUGUCUUUGAAAACUCCCCUUUUUCAGAACUAAUUUAAACCCAAGAUUUGUUUAGCUCAGAUUUUGCCAAGAAAUGCAGGAUUUACGGACGAAUUGCCAAGAGCUUAUUUAGACACAUAAAUGACCUGAAAUGCAAAAAUUAAUAACAACUAUUAAUGUGCCUACACAAUUCAGUAGGAUCCCUUCCUAUUUUGCAUAAAAUUGUUCUUUUCCCUCUUGAUUUGAUAAAUCAUUUUUAAUAUAACCUUUCAACUGUUAUAAAACAUAAGAAUAGACAUCAAUAUUGGGAAAGCAACAGUACAAACCAGAAGGGUUUACUUAGUUGGUGGAGUCGAGUGAUUGUAGAGUGGCAUAAAAUUCAAACAAACAUCUUGGAAGAAAAACAGACUGAUAAAAUCAGUUUUAGACCAACAGAAGUGUCAUGAGUAAAAGAUAAACCCAGGAGAACUUAUGUCAAAUGUCCAUAGCCUAUAAAUACUUUAUGUGUAUUGAUUUGAUAUUCCCUGUUUACAGAGUUCCAGUGCCUGUGCGAGCUUAGGUAAUGCCAACAAAGUUAAAGGCAGUGGACGCUAUUGGUAAUUACUCAAAAUAACUUUUAGCAUAAAAAACUUACUUGGUAACCAG